AUGCAUAUCCGUCGCUCAAUAUGCGCGCUUUUAACAGCUUCCACUUUCACUAUUCAGUUCACCAGUGCCUACGUCUCUCAGCCUAGACAAGGCACGGAGAAAUGCACCCAGUCAACUGUGGCUAUCUUGGGAGGCGGGAUGGCGGGUGUUGCGGCCGCACAAGCGUUACAUAACGCAUCCAUCACCGAUUUCGUCAUCCUCGAAUACCGAGAUACGCUCGGCGGGAGAGUCUGGCAUACGGACUUCGGGGCCGAUGAGAACGGGAAACCCUAUGUUGUUGAAUUUGGAGCGAACUGGCUGCAAGGUGUGGGAUCUAAUGAUACGGAGAAUCCCGUCUGGACGCUGGCCCAAAACCAUAAACUGAAAAACACAUAUUCAAACUACGACAAUAUUCGCACGUACGACGAAACCGGCUACACUGACUAUCGAGACAUACUAGCGAAGUAUACGCAAGCCAGCGAGAUCGCAUCCAAAGAAGCCGGUCGGAUUCUAUCAGAGAACCUGCAAGACCAAACUGCGCGCAGCGGUCUAGCCCUGGCCGGAUGGCGACCUCGCAAGGACGAUAUGAAAGCGCAGGCCGUGGAGUGGUGGAACUGGGCUAAAGAAAGAAACCAAGACUGGGAAGCCGCCUCCUCUCCCGAAACGAGCUCCUUCGUCUUCGGCAUCGCCGGUGAAAACCUCACCUUCAACCAAUUCGGCCCAUCCAACCACCUCGUCCUCGAUCCCCGCGGCUACAACAGCCUCAUCAACCUCGAAGCCUCCACCUUCCUCACCACCACCCCCCAAGACCCCCGUCUCCACCUCAGCACCCCCAUCACCAACAUCACGCACUCCCCCGCAGGCGUCACAAUCCACACAGCAAACCAAACCUGCCACACAGCCGCCUACGCAAUCUGCACCUUCUCGCUGGGUGUUCUCCAAAACUCCGCCGUGACAUUCCACCCCGCCCUUCCCGACUGGAAACAAACCUCCAUCCACAAAUUCAACAUGAACACCUACACGAAGAUCUUCAUGCAAUUCCCCUCCACGUUCUGGCCUAAAGACACAGAAUUCUUCCUCUACGCGUCCCCGCACAAUAGAGGCUACUACCCCGUUUUCCAAUCCCUGACGGGCCCAACCUUCCUGUCUAACUCGAAUAUCUUGUUUGUCACCGUCGUCGACGAGCAAGCGUACCGCGUGGAACGACAACCACUGGCCCAGACAAAGUCUGAGAUCCUGGCUGUCCUGAGAGAGAUGUUCCCCGAUAAGGAUGUCCCCGAGCCGAUUGCGUUUACCUAUCCGAGAUGGUCAACGGAGCCGUGGGCGUACGGGAGUUAUUCGAAUUGGCCCGCGGGGACGACGUUGGAGAUGCAUCAGAAUCUGAGGGCGAAUGUGGAUCGGUUGUGGUUUGCCGGGGAGGCGACGAGUGCGCCGUAUUUUGGGUUUCUGCAUGGGGCGUGGUUUGAAGGGAGGGAUGCGGGGAGGGAGGUUGCAGAUUUGUUGUUGGGGAGGGAGAAGUGUGAAAAGAACGAGAAGGGGGUGGGGAAGAAGAGGAGGAAGGGUGGUAGGAAUGAGGAUGGCGAUGGAGAUCAGGAUGGGGAGACAGGGUGUGGUCAAAGGACACAUUAUGAGGUGUUGCAUGGGACGACCCCGACGGAGGCGUAUUCGGAUUUGAAUGGGUGGCCUGGGGGUUUGGAUGUUAGUAGUACGGCGGAGAAAGCGAUUGAUGAGGAGAGGGAGGAUUUGUGA